AUCAGUCCCCAAAACUAGCGAAGUAACCUUCGGAGUUCGUCAGCUUAGAUUUCAAGGCUGUGAUACGUUUAGUCUUGUUUUAUAAAGUCAGUCAGGUAUAAUGACAAAAAUGGUUACAAAAUUCAACGUGUUUUGAUUUGUUGUGACAUUGUUUCACUGCCUCAGCAGUUGAGAAGAAGCUGUUGGCUCGUGUGAAGCUUCUCACACCGCUGGAUCUUAAAACCCGUCGAGUUUUUCAUGCUUCUUCAAGAGAAAAGGGGGCUGGAAAUCUCUUCGGGUUAAUGUUACAAGUGGAUUCGAUACUUCAAAUAAGACUUUACCAAACAUUGAUCAAAGAAGCAAUCGAGGCGCAGGUACAUUUUAAAGUCUUACAAGGGGAAUGGCUGAGACUAACCGGACCGAGGUUCAUGUUUACGAACAGGUUGUUAUCCUGUCAUCAUGUGUACUUUCGUUUUUUGGGUCACUUUUAAUUAUGUGCACAUUUGCAAGAUGGCCUGAUCUGAGGACCACACCAAGAAAACUGCUCGUGUAUCUGUCUGUCACUGACCUUCUGUCUGCACUCUCUUACUUUUACGGAGUUUUAAAGAGUUUUAAAUCUGAUUCUGGGGAUUGUAUUGCGCAAGGAGCAAUUUCCACAUUCGCCAACACCAGCUCAUUCUUCUGGACUGUGUCUAUUGCCAUCUACUUAUACGUUUUUAUUGUUAAGUCCAGCCAGAGACAGGCCAACAACUUGGUGCUUUACUUUCAUCUUAUCAGCUGGGGCGUUCCUUUCGCCAUCACUGUGGCAGCCCUGUCCCUGCACAAGAUCGGCUAUGACGCCUCUGAGGUGUCUGUAGGCUGGUGCUGGGUGAACAUCCAGGCCGAAGACCGUGUGCUGUGGAUGCUGCUCACUGCGAAGAUCUGGGAAUUCAUUGCCUAUGUCACACUGCCAGUCCUGUACAUGCUUAUUAAAAUACACAUUCACAGAGCACAUACAGCCCUGUCUGAGUACCGUCCCAUCCUGACCAGCAGCCCUGUCUCUCAGUCGCCAUCUUCCAUGGCAGACAUGAAGCUCACCAUCAUCCCCAUCAUCUUCAUCGUGCUCCGCAUGUGGAGCACCAUCCGCUUCCUGCUCCUGCUGACUGACUCCCCUGCAGGACACAACCCAGUGCUGGUCACCUUGCAUGGUAUUGGAAACACCUUUCAAGGAGCUGCGAACUGCAUCAUGUUUGUGCUGUUGACUCCCUCAAUUCGCUCACGUCUGGUGGCUCAGCUGUGCUGCAGAGGUCAGGACAAACACUGGCGUUCACCAUCAGUGUCCCAGAACAGGGCAAGUGCAAAUACGCCUUCACACAGGGAGGAAAACACCAGCCCCCAAACCUGGGAGAACAAUGAGGCGUAAAAGCUGCUAUGAUCCUGUAUCUGAACGCAUUUUGAAUGCACAAGGCUGGAGUGAAAGCUCUGACUUUACGGCUCUCUGUUGUGGUUGUUGGAGUAACAUCAGAGCCUUACACUCAGCCUUCUUGUUUGACCAAGCGCCUUCAUGGAUUACAGGGGACUGCGGUCACAUGCACAAAGCCCGCAGAGCACGGAACACAAACGCACUUUCUGUAACCGGUUUAGCUCAGCACUUUAGGCGAGUAAAACAGUGCCUUCUGUUUUCAUUCUGCUGCCGCAAAUAUCUCAUAUUCAUUUAAAUAGAAAUGAGAUCGGUAGCUCAGGGGAAGCAAGGAUACAGCAGUUUAUUAUCUAGUGACCAAAAUGGCAAAUGUACUGUGAAGUGUUUUUACAAGGGAUCUUUCUCCUCUUACUCCCAACAAAGCACAUGCAUUCUUAAUGCAAUGUGAUUACUUUACAUUACAAUUAAUAUGCAUUUUUAAAGCAUGAUUUAUGUGUAUUAUAUGCUGUAUUUAUAUGUUCAAUGUAUUGGAUUUUUUUUGUGUGUAUGAAUGUAUUAUGUCAUAAUCAGAUUCUUCUUUCGUUCACUUUUCUCUGUGUAGAGUCACAUAUACCUAACAAGGACACAAGCAGCAACAUGCACAUUUAUUGUUAUUUCACACAGUGCCUUAAAAAUACCUUUUAAAACAAUGGGGAAGUGGCUUUUAGUCUUUGUAUACGUAGUUAUGGAUUUGUAUUAUAGUUAUAUUUUAUCAACUGAUUUCAAUAAAGUUAUUGAACCUGUCA